AUGGAUAUUCUCUCUGAGAUCGGUGUGCCCACUGUGGCUGCCGCGUCGGCCCUCUCAGUUGCGGCCGCUGCUUACUUGAAUGCCAAAUUAUCUAUCUCUACAGAUCUAAGCGCCAUCCGCAGUGAUCGAGCUUGGGGUAAAAGGCUGGCUCACCGCAUGUCGCAGCUAGGUGAUACUGUCACCAUAUAUGGCAUGCUCCAUCGGGUGGUGGAAAUAGAAGGACAUGGCUCAGCCGAAGCACUUUGGUUUGAAGGGAAAUCAUGGACCUAUUCAGAAUUGAAAGACCUUGUUGACCGAUUAGCUGCCCUUCUUCAUGAGCGAGAUAUUCACUCCGGAGACUUUGUCGCUGUCUUCGCUACCAAUUCCCCGGAGAUGAUUGUCAUGCUCUAUGCCCUUUCUAAACUAGGAGCCACUGCUGCUCUCAUCAACAUUAAUCUACGAGACGACACUUUCAUGCAUUGUCUCAACGUCUCGGGCUCCAAGUUUAUCAUAUCUACACCAGAUCUAUCAAAAUUUGUGUGCUCUGACUUGCCUCAUAUAUCGUUCAAUAUAUCAUCUUUUGACGAUGUCUCGGCUACGUCUGAGCUUGUUACAACCUCGCAAUUACAACAAUACACUCUGUCAACGCUGAAAGCCGCAAAGAGAUUACCUAGCGACCUCACAGCACUUAUAUAUACCUCAGGAACAACGGGGAAACCCAAGGCAUGCGCUGUGCGCAAUAUGAUGGCCAUGGUCACGUCGAAUCCUCUCUCAGCAGAUGUCAACAAUCCUUCGAGGUACUUUCCUGUACGAACAUACUGCUCUCUUCCACUUUUCCACGGCACAGCCUAUUUCACAGGGCUGUGCUACUCCGUGGGGAACGCAGGAACCCUAUGUAUCCGCCGCAAAUUUUCCGCUUCCAAAUUCUGGAAAGACGUUCACGACUCAAGAGCCACCCGAAUUCUGUAUAUUGGAGAGCUGUGCAGAUACCUCAUGGCGACGCCUCCCUCUCCAUAUGACCAAGACCACUCCUGCAUUGUCGCCGCUGGCAACGGGUUGCGCGGAGACAUCUGGGAGCGCUUCCGUCAGAGAUUCAACGUUCCGGAGGUCCGCGAGUUCUACCGCUCAACCGAGGGCAUCGCCAAGUACGACAACUUUGGCUUUGGAGCUUGGGGCGCUGGGAAGGUUGGGUUUGCAGGUCCAAUCAAGCGUAUGCUUGAGGAUGACACGAUUCUCGUGAAGUACGAUGCCGACACUGAACUGCCCUACCGGGAUCCCAGCACUGGGCUCUGUGUUAGGGCUAAAAUUGGGGAGGAAGGAGAGGCGAUCGGCCGCGUGAGAAACCGCGGCCUGCUUACCGAGUAUCUGCAGAAUGCAGAGGCCACGGAGAAAAAGCUCCUUCGAGACGUGUUUGAGAAGGGGGAUCUCUUCCAGCGCACGGGUGAUCUGCUCGUCCAGGAUUUUGAAGGGUGGGUGAGGUUCCAAGACCGGGUUGGAGAUACCUUCCGGUGGAAGGGCGAGAACGUCAGUGCGGGAGAAAUCAGAGACCAUAUCUCUACUAUUCCCGGGGUUCAUGACGCCGUUGUUUACGGCGUAAGACUGAACGCGUAUGACGGACAGGCAGGCGCCGCAGGUAUUACUCUUGAAGAUCACUCGGAGGGUUCGGCCAGUGAGUUCAUGGCCAGGCUUCAUACCGAGCUGAAGAAGAAGGGCGUGCCGUCGUACGCUGUUCCCCGGCUUGUUCGAGUGACCGAAAAGGUUGAAACAGGAGUUACGUUCAAGCAAGCCAAGGGCGAGUUGACGAAGAAGGGCUGGGACCCUCUUGGUGACUGGAACGGCGACAAGUUAUAUUGGCUGAACGGCACGAUAUAUGAGAAGCUGACCGAGCCGAGUUGGAAGUCGAUUGAAAGCGGGGCUGCUAAGCUGUAA